CGUCUCGUUAUGAAGACCGCAUUCCCUGGAAAGGCCUCCACCGUCGACGGAAGCGAAGCUCUGCAGCGCCCUUGCCGCCCUCCCCCGCCCUCCAAGUUGCUAGGAUGGAGGGUGCACGUAAGCGCGCGCCGUCACUAGGACUCGCGGCCGCCCCUCGACGCUGCGAAGCGGGAGCGCGCCUCUCUUGCUUCAGCAAUAUGUAGGUUGCUUUUCCCAUCCAGCCUUGGUGGUCGCCAGCGAGUUUCUCUUCGUUCAGCUGGACAAGGCAGCGAGCAAGAAGCGAGGCCGGGGCUGUCAGGCAGAACUAACUCCCGUCAGCGCGCGCGCUUCACCUCGGCACCAUUCCCUCCGCUGACCCUGCCUUCUCUCUGCGAGGCGCGCUCCGCGUUGCUGAAGGCGCAGGCUGGUUUCUUCACUCUCGCGGAGCGUCCCUGGUGCAAUAAACUUUUAUCGCCCAGGGAAUCGCUGAAAGAGAAGAGAAGAGAAGGCAGCUCGGAAGGUCUUGCCAGUGCUCCGAGGAUGGAAGCGGCCGCGUACGGAGCCGGCAAAGCUGGAGGCGCCUUUGACCCUCAGACCUUCAUCCGGCAACCUCACACGAUCCUCCGGAUAGUUUCUUGGCUUUUUUCCAUUGUUGUGUUUGGCUGCAUUGUGAAUGAAGGCUUUGUCAACAAUCCAAACACAUCAGAAGAGUACUGCAUCUACAAUCACAACCAGAAUGCCUGCAACUAUGGUAUCACAGUGGGAGUCCUUGCAUUCCUCAUCUGCCUUCUUUACUUAGCCCUAGAUGUCUACUUCCCACAGAUUAGCAGUGUCAAAGAUCGCAAGAAAGCUGUGCUUUCUGACAUUGGCGUAUCUGGCUUUUGGGCAUUUCUCUGGUUUGUCGGUUUUUGCUUCCUGGCUGACCAAUGGCGUGUUUCGGAGAAAGAGGACAGUCCACUGAAUGAGGGAACAGAUGCAGCCCGAGCAGCCAUUGCCUUCUCUUUUUUCUCCAUCUUCACCUGGGUGGGCCAAUCUUUUCUGGCAUUCCAGCGAUACCAACUUGGAGCCGAUUCAGCGCUCUUCUCCCAGGACUACACAGAUCCAAGCCAGGAGGCAGGCAUGCCUUAUGCACCCUACACAAAUGAGGAUACCACAGAUAACAUGGGGACAUACCAGCAGCCUCCUUCCACAGAUAUUUUUGAUGCUGAGACACAGGGCUACCAAACACAAGACUACUGAGAGCUGUUGGAGAGGUCCCAUUUCCCCUUCCCUCUGCCCACUCUCUUCUGCCACCGAGAAGUCAGCGUGCAAAGCAGACCAGAGCAACAGGUGACUCUUGGCCAGUUUCUGGCCUUCUAGGUUCUCUUUUUUAAUUUCUUCUUUACAGAAAACCUAAUGCCCUCCUCCUCCUCCUGAAUUCUCUGUCAAAACUAAAUUGUUCAUUGCAAAACAUUUUAUUGUUUGUGUUGCAGUGAUAGGUUCUUUGUCUGGGACGCUCAAGCCUUCUUUCAGAGGGGAGAAGGGAAAGGAGCUCAAGAUGGUGUUGGUGGAAAGUGCAGACACUGGAUAUGUGGGUGAAUACUAGUUAAGAUGCCAGUGCAUAAAUGUAAAUGCUGAGAAAUAAGAAUCAGAACUGGACAAAUGAGUAGACCAUCCUAUGAAUUAGUAAAAGUGGUCAAGCAAAGGUGAACAAUGUACAUGGCAGCAAGGAAGUCUAUAGAGGUGGCAAGAAGAAAGGGGUCUCAGGUAGGUGAGAAUGGAAUCAAAGAGUUGGCUGUAGAAUCUACAAUAAGCCAGACUGGGUUUGAUACUACUGAGCUUUAGAAAAAUAUCCUGGCCUCCUUGAUUUUCAUGAAACAUUGGAAUGUUUUGUUUUGUGUACUCUAUUAUCUUUUGUUUUCAUUCUACCUGCUGCAGAUUGAUAAUUUGUGGUUUCCUUCACAAACUGUUCCAAUGUUUGAUCACUUGUGGUUGGCUUUUUGGAGAAUUGAGAAAUAUUACAUGAUUCUCUGAUCAAGUUCAAAAGGCAAGCAAAAGUUAAAUAGAGGCUGAAAAACAAGAUACACAGUGGUUAUAUUUGUUUCUGAAUGUGAGGUAGCUCUUUACAGCAAAAUCACAUCUGUUAAUAGGUGAAACCAAAUCUGAUGAAUUGACUUUGUUUAGUUUGCAAAACAACAUACGAGAAAAGGCCCAGUCACAAUCCAUAAAAUUUAAACAAACUCUACAACGGCUGAUCAUUUUAUUCCAUUAUUUUUUUCUCCAAAAAUUGUUUAUGAAGACAAGUGUACAGAUUAUGAACUGUCAAGGAAUGAUGUAGCAUUCUAAAUUCAGGAUAAUGGCCAUAAAAUCUCUUCUCCCUCAAAUUCAGGCUCAUAGUUAACAGAUUGUCAUCAGCAUUUAUUGUGCAAAACAAAGUUCAGUUGGAAAAAUAGUGCCAAGAAUGGUCUGGAAAAUCCUUUGAAAGCAGAACCAUAUUGAGAUGUAAUUCAACUGCCACAGAACAAAAUUAUCUAUCAGUGGACAAUCCUCUUUUCCAGGUUUUUUUUUUUAAUAAAGCUGUUUUCCAAUAAAGCUCUUUUCCAUUUCUUCCAAUUAAUGGAGAAAUGCCAAUGCUGAUAAAAUGAUAGUGAGUAGAGGAACUCUGAUGAGGAAUGGAAGUAAAAAUAAGCAAAAAUAGCUCUGAAUAAGAGGAUACUUCUGCCCACUAUGUUAUAUGGAACAGAGAGUUGGGGAUGUCAAGAGAAACAUAAAAGUAAGUUCAGUGCACUGGGAAUAAAUUACUUAAGAAAUAUAUGAGGUAAAGUAGGGUUAAGAACGAAUAGGUAGAGAAUGAAUGUGUAUUGAAUACAAAAGUGAGUGACCAGUACAUAAGAAGUAUAUUGAAAUGGUUUGGUCAUAUAAAGAGAAUGAAUGAAGACUGAUUUGCAGACUAAAUACAUGGAGGAGGAGUGAGUGGAUGGAGAGGACGGGGAAGACCAAGAAAGUCAUGUUGGAUGAAACUCAAAUUCUCAAAAGGAGAGAAGUUUCUUUUUCUUAUCUCAUGCCUUAACUUCCUUCAGCUUACUAUUUCCUACUGCACUGUUCAUUAUGUUGAUUAACCCAAAAGGGAAUAAUGUGAUAGAUACAUAAUAUAAGUAUACUAUUCAUAUAUUCAUGAUUCAAGAAAUUAAGAGAAGGAAUAAACAAAACCAUGCCCUAGGAACAAGUGAUACUCAAAUAGUUUGAUCAGACAAAGGAUUAUUCAGAAGUAAACUUCAUCCAGUUCAAUGGGACUUGCUCCUGAGAAUGUGUGUCCAGAAGAGUAUAAGUUUAACAAAUACUUACUCAUGAAUUUCUAAAGAAAAGUGCUAGGACCAAACCUUGUCGGUAAACCACAUUCAUUGUAUUAAAUGGUAAUGUCUUACAAGAAAACAUUAACAUUUUGUAUGGAGUUAACAAAACAGACCUCUUCUGUCUGUUAAACUUGUCUACAGUAGAACAGAGAUACAAUUAAGUUGUAUGCCAAUCACUGUAAAAAGGCUCAUCUACUCCUAGUUCCCAUCACACAAUUGCCCAAAGUAAGUCUAAAACUUCUUGAUUGAAAAGUGUCUGUACAGCUAUCUGCCCAUCCCUCCUUAAUCCACCUCUUCAUUCAGCAAGCCUUUACUGGCCAUUUCUCUUCUGAAGGAAACCAUAGAAUUGUUUUCAUUAAGUUUACAGAGAUCAGUACAUUUAGUGGAAUAAACCUGUCAUUAAGCAAUAUACAGUAAAACACUAAGUGAAGAUGCACUAUUCAGUCUCAGUACUCAAAAUUUUCUUCAUCUUAUGUCAGGGAGCCAAAGGUGGAUCUUUGUCAUGAUGGCUGGGAAUGAUAGGAGCUGUAGUUCAGAUUAUGCUCCCACAUUGCCCUUAUUUUGAUGUAUCUACAGAUACCCUUCCUGAUAUCACAGCAGUACAUCUGCAGGGCCACUUGCCACAUGCUGCUCUGGACAGAUUUAAAAUGGGAAUAAGACAAUGCAGCAUUUGAAAUGUCUUUUGACCAUGGGCAUCCACAAGGGGGCAUGUCAAAAUCUGCAAGAUGGCAGACAUAGCAUUGCAAUUUUUUAUGUGUGUGCUAAGUCGGCGGACAUUCAAAAGUGUAGGACUUGGAUCCCAACAUUGCACCCGCCAUCCUGCAGAUUUUGACCUCUUCCCCCAGCAGAUUUUGACCUUCUCUCCUUUUUCUAGAACCAAGUUAGUAUAAAAGGACACAGUUCUUGCACAAGGAGGAAAACCUUUUGUCUCCCUAUGAGUAGUUCAGUCUUUGAAAGCAGAAAACAAUGAAAGGAAAGAAGCACAUGCUUGUGCUGUUUGGUCUUCCCCAGUAUGUGGUUUGUAUGAUGGUUCUUGUAUGUGGAAUAGCUUCAGUAUGUUUUCUGUUGUCUAUUUUUCUCUGGAAAUACACUGUGAAGUGUGUGUGGCUUGUAGGUAGCAUUAAGAAGAUGUGAUCAUCUGUAGCACAUAAAGCACAAAGAGGAACUUGGUCCCUUUAUGGUUCCACAUGAAAGCAAUAUUGCGUAGGGCUUGAGAGAGGGGAAAAUAUUCUCCCCCAAAGCUUCUGUUACUGGAGUAGCCUAAUACUUAGGCAUAUGGGAGGGGGAGCGGGGUUUCUUUUUAAAUCAGCCAGUGAAGGCCCUUCCCUUUCACCUGUUUCCUGGUAGGAAAAAGGAUUAUAGAAUUGGAUGGGAGGUAGAAAAUCCAGGGGUACAAUAUUGCAAAGUUUUGUGAAUGUCACUUAUAUGCAUUGAUGUCAAGUUCACUUAGCAGAAACAACAACUGGGUUUUCGCUUGUGGGGAAGGCCAAAAUGCAUUAAACUCUCUAUUUACAAACUGGACUCUAGAUUCUUGUAGUAAUGGGCAUUGUUUCAUGCCACUUUUCCUUUCCCAUAUGGGUAAAUUUUAAGUUGAAACAGGAGUACUUACCCAAGUCAAUCAGUAUUUAUCAUAAAGUCUAAAAAAGGGACACACCUGAUUGUGGUGGAAAUGUAGGCUCAUGGAGUGGUAUAACAAAGUUAGAUCAAAUAAAACCAGGAUUGCAGUUAAGGGUAUUCACUUUCACUUCAAAAUAAAUAUUCUGCUCUUAGUUCUGGGCAUGGCCAAUGUCUGCCUUAAUUCUUGCUUCUUACAAAAAAGUUCUGUGCUGAUUCUCUCUCUGUUCUCUUUUGAAACAUUUUGUUUCAUCCAAGGAGCAUCAAGUGUCAGUCUGGCUGAUCUCCAUUAGUGGUUUGUUUUUUUUAAUUGAACAUGCCUAAACAGUAACACUGGCUACUACAUAAUACAAGCCUUCUUUGAAUGAUUAAAAGGCUUUCUGUAGUAAGUCCAGCAUCCAGGGGGACAUUUUGACUACACAGAAGCUACAUUAUUUAUUUAAAGAUUUAUAUGGCUGCUCACCUUGCAAAAUGUGACUCCAGGCAGCAUACAACUAUAAAACAAAUAACAAUCCACCCCCACCCCACCCCGGCAAAGACCCAGUAACAAGAACAAUUCAUAAAAUUGGGACAUAACAACAUAUACUUCCCUCUCCCAGGACAAGCUCACCUUUAUGAUGAACUCAGCAUUAUGAUUGCUGCUCUUUGAUGUAACACUGGAAUCUUUGCAUUCGUUUCUGAUAUAAGAUUAUAGCCAUUUCAUACUGAAUUAUAAAGCAAUUACCUCAGUGUUUAGUCCAGUUUCCACAUAAAAUGUGAGGAAUGGAUGAAUAACACUUAUGUGUGGAGGAAAUGUUCAAUGACCCUGCACUAAACUUGGCUUCCUGGCAGAUGGCUAUGCCUCUUUAGAACUAUACAUAUGCCCUUUACACUAAUGUGUUCCUUGUGGGGCAAUUCUGGUGUAAUUUGGCUGCUUGGCCUAAUGUGAAACAGCUUGGAAAUAUAAUAUUGGCUUAAAAUAUUGCAUAAUAUUUCUGAAGUAUCAAUUGUGAUCCCCCCCCCCCCAGAUUUUAACUGUUCUCCUUGUUUAAUGAUAUAUUUGUUUAUAUCUGUACAACUUCUGAGCAACUGCAGAGAGUAAAGAAGAUGACCUUGACAGAGAUUUGCAAGCUCCAUUACCAAAGCAAUGAGGGGUGAAACAGAUCUUAAAUCUACAGCAAAUAGUAUUUGGAAAAGGCUCAGACAGACAGCUCCCUAAUUCACAGGAGUAUAAGAAAGGGAAGGAGGUACAGCACAAUCAGACUUGCAAGAUUCCGUUAUUAUAGCCAACCUCAAUAAAAGUAGUUUUAGCCUUCCUGUGGAGUUGAUUUCUUGGUUUGGUCUACUUGGUGGGGCUGAAAGCCACCAAGGUAAAUACCGCCCAUCAUCCAGGUAAAAGAGAUCUACUAGGCAACAACGUAGGAUGUUUAUUGAGCCUUUGAUGAGUUGCCUUAUAUUGCUAUAGAGCUGCAUGUAGGCUAAUGGGUCAUAAAGGUUGGCUUGUAAUUUUCUUUGUGCCCAACAAAUGAGGGAAGUAUUUGCAUACAUAUCUCCAGAUGAGAUAUUUUGAUGCACAACUUGGGAAGAAUGGAUACCCAUUCCAAUUCUUCUUCUUAACUGUUGAAAUCAACUUAACGUUUCCCCACCCUCUGUAUUUCUCCCUAGUUGUUUUGGUAAUAGUGGUUCCUGGUAUUUGAUGCUGCUAGAAAUCAUGCUAAUACAUUCCCAAACAUGAUUUCAGAUGCAAGGAAAGACUAUUUGGUGAUCUUAUGAAAUUAAGCUGGAAGAGAGUAAGAAAUCACAGGUCAGUUCAUUUUGCAUCAUGCAAUACAUGCAGUUCUGACAAUCUCUUUGUCCCAGAAUCAUUGACUCAGGAGUCUAUCCUUAAUCUACUGCAUUACUGCCCGUGUAUAGUAUAUAUAUAUAUAUAUUAUAUAAAGAUGUAUAAUAUAGAACUCUAUAUACAUGCAUAUACACAUAUGUGGCAAUGAAAGAGUGGCUUGCUCCAUACAGGAUCCCCCAAAUGUCCAGUGAAUUAUCAGCUCCACUCAUUUUAUCCUCUUCAGUGUAUCUCCCUCUACCAAAUAAUAGAAACCUUGUCCUUUUGGCACCUCUGUUUAUGAUGUCCUGUAUGUUUGUGGUUAUUUAAAAAAAAAGUGAAGGUGGUAAUUACUGGUACCUUACCAAUAAAAUUAUUACAUCAGAAGUUGUAA